AUGACCUCCGGCACGACGAUGGCCACCUCGCAGCGCACCACCCCGCACGCCGACGUCGACGACAUCAACGUCGACGUCGAGCAGUCCGCCUCCGCCGGCAAGCCGGCCAAGAAGCGCACCAACCCGCUCGCGACGAUCUCCAACCUCCGCCACAUCCUCAGCGUCCACAAGGCGGCGGGAGCCGUGGGCGGGGCCGUGGGCGGGGCGGUCGACACCGCCGGCGCCGCCUCGCGCGAGACGGCGCUGCUCGCGGGCCGCACGUUGCUGAUGCUGCUCAACAACCCGAUCACCGGCCCGGCCACCAUGCGCAUGCUGCGCGAGGGCCCCGACACCGCCACCGCGCUCCUCGACCUGCUGCUGGUGCCCGUGCUGCCGACGGUGCGCAUGCUCGUGGGCAAACAGCUGAUCGAGAUGUCCCAGCCUGGCGCGGCCGUCCCCGUCAACAGCGUCAUCACCUUCGCCUUUGCGCGCCGCCUCAAUGUCGAGCCCGGCGACCUGCGCGCGGGCAAGGUCGUCCCGGAGCUGAGCCUGCGCCUCUCGCCCCUCGCGGCGGGGCUCGGCGGGAUGGUCAAGAUGGUCGGACAGAGCGGCGCCGCCGUCGGCUCCACGGCCGCGUCCGCCGUGCCCGGCAAGAAGACGAAGAAGGCGAAGGCCGACGACGCGCAGGGCUCGGUGGCGGCGCUCAAGGAGCUGCGCGACGCGGGCAUCAUCUCGGGGCGAGAGUACGAGCGGAAGAAGGCCAAGGCGCUGGGGACGAACGCGGAGAAGGCGGAGGAGUGGCCGGUGGAGUACCGCGACAUCAAGGAGCAGAUCAUCAAGAUGACGCCCACGCUCAAGUUCUCGCUCUCGCUCGGCCAGCUCGACGCCUAUGUCGGCGCGACCGGCUGGCUCGGGUCGCUGCUCUCGGGCUCGACGCAGCCGUCCGAGGCGGCGCUCGCGCGGCUGCGGCUCGAGCGCGUGUCGGUCGAGGCGCGGGUGCGCAUCUUCUGGCACCCGCGCGCGCAGAAGGCCAAGGUCGUGAUGCUGAGCGAGCCGCCGCCCAAGGUGGUUGAGCUGUCGCACGAGCUGACAGUCUUGCGGUCGUGCGCGGUGCCGCCCGAGCUCAACCAGCGGCUGCUCGAGCUGGUGCUGCCAAAGCUGGCGGGCAAGUUCUUCGACAUCGACCUGAAGCCGCCCCGCGGCGACGACGCCGCGCCGGACAGCGGCGACGAGGCUGCGGGGAAGGCGGGCAAGAAGAAGACGAAGAAGAGCUCCUCCGGGAAGAGGAGCCCGCGGCGGGAGGGGGAGUCCGAGGCCAAGGCGGACGACGAGGCCGCGGACGACGAAUGA